UGUGUGUAUUUUUACUUGAGUGCCAGAGGCUGUGCAGCACAGAACAGCGAUCACACUGCUGCUGGAUCCCAGGAGUAGUAGACAGAAUACGUCACCGAGGGACAAGGACGCCACUCAGAACUGAAGAAUGUUCUCUUCAGUCAAGCCCUAUGAAAAUCAGCAGUACGCUGCUCUGAAGAAGGAGUGCCAGCAGAAGAAGGUGCUGUUUGAGGACCCUCUCUUCCCCGCCGUCGACGAAUCACUCUUUUACCAGGGGAACCCGAUAGGCAGAGUGCACUGGAAGAGGCCCAAGGAGCUGUGUGAGGACCCCCACCUUUUUGUCAAUGGGAUCAGCGCACAUGACUUGCACCAGGGCCAGCUGGGAAACUGUUGGUUUGUGGCAGCCUGCUCCAGUCUAGCCUCCAGAGAAUCUCUCUGGCAGAAGGUGAUCCCAGACUGGAAGGAGCAGGAGUGGGACCAGCAGAAGAAAGAGGCCUAUGCUGGGAUAUUCCAUUUCCGGUUCUGGCGCUUCGGAGAAUGGGUGGACGUGGUGAUUGAUGACCGGCUCCCCACCAUCAACAACCAGCUGGUCUAUUGCCAUUCCAACGACUCCAACGAGUUCUGGAGUGCGCUGGUGGAAAAGGCCUAUGCAAAGGUGUAUGGCUGCUAUGAAGCCCUGGACGGGGGGAACACGGCGGACGCUCUCGUGGAUUUCACCGGGGGAGUGUCCGAGCCGCUCGAUCUGAUUGAAGGACAGUUCGCCCAGGAUGAAGAGUCGAGAAACCGGCUCUUUGAGCGGGUGCUGAAGGUGCACAACCGCGAGGGCCUCAUCAGCUGUUCUAUCAGAGCUACCACCAGCGCUGACAUGGAGGCGCGUCUGGACUGUGGCCUGGUGAAAGGCCAUGCCUAUGCCGUCACAGACGUGCGGAAGGUGAGGCUGGGCCAUGGGCUGCUGUCCUACCUCAAGUCAGAGAAACUCUUCAUGAUCCGGAUGCGGAACCCCUGGGGAGAGAAGGAGUGGAAUGGGCCCUGGAGCGACAGUUCUGAAGAAUGGCAGAAAGUGAGCAAGAGUGAGCGAGAGAAACUGGGGGUGACAGUGCAAGACGAUGGAGAGUUCUGGAUGACUUUUGAAGACUUCUGCAAGUACUACACCGACCUGAUUCUCUGCCGCCUCAUCAACACGUCUUACCUGAGCAUCCACAAGACGUGGGAGGAGGCGGUGAUGCGGGGGUCCUGGGACAGACACGAUGACCCCUUGCGCAACCGCUCGGGGGGCUGCAUCAAUUACAAAGUCACCUUUCUGCAGAACCCACAGUAUGUCUUUGACGUGAAGAAGCCUGAAGAUGAGGUGCUGAUUUGCCUGCAGCAGAAGGACCGGAGAGCUCGUCCAAAAGAGGGAAAAGGGGAAAACCUGGCAAUGGGCUUUGACAUCCACAGGGUGGAGUUGAACAGGAAGUACAGAAUGCAUACUGUCCAGCAGAAGGUGGCGGGCUCCGUCUACAUCAACUCGAGGUGUGUGUUCUUCAAGAAGGAACUGCGAGAGGGCCGCUAUGUCAUCAUCCCCACGACCUUCGACCCCGGGCACAUAGGAGACUUCCUUGUCAGAGUCUUCUCAGACGUGCCUUCAGACUGCAAGGAGCUGACCCUUGAUGAGCCUCCGCAAACGUGCUGGACAGGGAUGUGCGGAUACCCCCAGCUGGUCACUCAGGUCCACGUUCUGGGUGCUCAAGGCCUUCAAGUUCAGGGUUCAAACGGAGCUGCCAAUCCCUACGUGAUCAUAAGCUGUGAGGGAGAGAAGGUUCGCUCUCCAGUCCACAAGGACUGUCUGAAUCCAGAGUUCGAUGUGAAAGCACUAUUCUACAGGAAGAAGCCAAGGGAACAUAUUCACAUACAGAUCUACAGUAAGAAUGUGAUGUGUGACACCUUCAUGGGUCAGGUAAUCCUCACUAGUGACUCCAGUGACCUCCAGCAGGAGCACACCCUCCACCUUCGAGACAAGGGCAACAGACAAAGCAACGACCUGCCCGGCAACAUCACAGUGAGCAUCAUCACCAAAGAUGUGCUCACCAACAUAUAACGUCACUGCAGCCUUACAACGCGUGCUGUGCGAGCGACAUGGGCGACCAAACGAUUGAAAACGACAACCCUAUAAUAAGAACAGAUAAAAAGGUGUUCACAAGGGCUACCUGUGUUAACAACUGGCUUUGCCAGCCCAGCAGAUGGCGCAAUUUGUUCAGGAUCAACAUGCUCUACAGAAUGUGUUGAUGUCUCCUGCCUGCACAGCCCUCUCUAUAGAAGAAGUCUCCAUGGUAAUUGUUAAUGUUUGCCAAAUUACUGUUCUGUGCACAACCGUGUUGUGAUGUCAUUAAGCGAUUUAUUAUUACUCAUAGAAAGGUCAUUUUUUUUGGUUGGAGGUUCAUUGUCUUAAUUAAGUAAUAAGGACCAAGCCACAUAUACCACGCAUGUUUUUCUGUGCUAAAAAAUAUAUUUUUAUGUCUUCCUAAAAUGGCAUAAAAGAUGAUUUUUUUAAAGCCAGGUAAUUACACAACAUUGCCAGUAAUUAUUAGCAUGAAAAUAUGUUUAUCUAAUGAAAUAAUAAAUAGAAUAGCAUAAGGUUUAAGAUUUAUAUAUUCGCUACUGUAUAAUUUUACUUGUUUUCCAGUGUGUGUAACCCUAACCCUAACCUCAACCCCAACCUUAUACGUUCUAUUGUGACAAGUGCUUUAUGGGACCAAAGAAAGCCAUAAAAUGUUGAAGGUUUAAAUGUCUUACCACAUGCUAAUGACAAAUUGAGAUCUUCUUUCUGUCAUUCUUUGUUAACACUAGAACAACCAAAGAAAUCUGCCCAUCUAGAAGGAACGAGGGGCCAUUUUGACCCCUACUUGACCCUUCUAUGCUAUAGUUGCCAGUGGUGUGACUAAAACACCAUUAUCAUUUCUGAUAGCAUAGUGUUCUACUACUGGCAUUGAUGCUCCUGAAAGAUUUUUUAGGACACAAAAAGAUUAGAAAUCCUUCAAAACAAAAAAUAUAAAUGUACCAAAUCAUUGUGUAUUUUACUGUUUUACAUUCAACUAUAACUGUCAUUGGGGAUAUUUUAAAAUGGGGUUGAAAUGACCCCUUGUUGUUCUAGUGUUAAUGAUGUUGUUUGCACAUGACGUUGAAAAGUAAUGGUUGUCUGUGCAUGUUUUUGAAGGCUUUUCACACUCUCACAACUGCAGUGUUGCCAGAGAGCGGGAGUUGGGUAUUUAGUAUACCUCAUUUGGCUCAUACACAGUAGCAGCAAUAUAUAUAUAUAUAUAUAUAUAUAUAUAUAUAUAUAUAUAUAUAUAUAUAUAUAGUGUGUGUGUGUGUAUGUAUUUAUGUUUUGGAAUAGCUGUACAUUUUGGUGUGCAAACCCUGUAAAGUUCUUAAUGGCCUUGCCUGCUAUAAAUUUGUAGCCUUUCCUGAAAGGACAAAAUGACAUACUAUUUAAAAAAAGUCUGCACUUUGUAAUCUGACUGGCUCACAGAUUUUAAGAUUAUUAUAAAAUCAUUACCACUUGUCCAAGUUUGGGUGUUUACUGGUGUGCACUGGCUGCUUUUAG